AUGUACCGCCGAUUGAUUCCCAUCGGUGAUCUUCGUCCUAAUCCUCGUUUUCGGACUACUUGUAGUGGUGUUCUUAAUAUUACUCGUGUCGGUACUUGCAAUAUUUGUCCUUGUAGUGGUGCUAGUGAUUGUCCUGCUGCGGCUCCUGAUGCUCGUACUUGUUGUCCUGGUUCUAUGGGUAAUAUUUGUUUUAAUUGUGAUCGUGAUUGUCGUUUUUAUCGUGGGGAUUGUGCUCGUGAUUCUACUAGUUGUUGUGGUGUUUUUUAUGUUUUUUGUGCUCUUGCUUCUGGUUAUUGUCCUGGUGGUUGUUGUGGUUGUACUUGUAAUUAUUGUUAUCUUAGUGCUUGUCUUAGUUUUUCUACUGGUUAUAACAAUAUUUAUACUUGUAGUGGAUGUAUCUGUGUUGUUUAA